AAUUUCGUCCCUCAAUUGAGCUUGGCGAAAAGCCUUGCUCCGUACCAGUCCUGUGAAGCUCGCACCUGUUCAAAGCCACAUGUUAAGAAAACCCCCUCGGUUUUGAAUCCCCAAGCAAAGCAAUUAAGGAGAGCAGGAAGUCCAAUGCUUUUAUUAAGUUAAUAUUGUUUUCUCGCUUCGUGGCUUCUUUCCCAGCAGAUGCAACGCUCACAUUGUUGCUCUCUGUUGUUAAUGUGUCGCUGAUUGACGACGUUGUCCUGUGUUGCGGUUUUCCCUUUGGACAGCUUGCAAGUUUGCAAGGUCCUCGCAAACCGUUGCACGACUGAAAUAGUCACGUUUGCCCGUUGCCACCACGCGGGCUUCUCCACGGGACAUUUGGUUCCUGGCUUCCGUUGGCGAAUAGAUUUAACAUUCCGGAGAAAAAAACCUUUUCGAUUUCAAGAAUCGCCUAAGAAAGCCAUAUUUGUCAUUGGAAAUUUUCUUUUUUGUCUUUUUCUCUCCUUAUCGCCUCUCGAACACCUCGUCUUUCUUGUUCAUGGCAAGCCGGACUUGCGUGACCUCUUCCGUUUCAAAUAACCGGUGGCCUGCCCGACGUCGAUAGCGACCGACGUGGUCGCUAAACGCUCAUAAAUUCUAUUUCCUUUUGAACAAUGAGGUUAAUAAGCGUCUUUGCGUUCGCUUCGGUGUUCUAUUCCCUUUCCUCCGCCAGUCUUUACACUCGUGAUUACGAUGCUCGAGAUUACGUUGCCCUCCACCUCCGUCCCUCGUUAUCCCCGAAUCGAGUGGCUCAGCUGCUAGGCGCCAGGCAUGAAGGGCGCAUAGGAGAGUUACAAGACCACCAUACUUUCUCUUUCCCGAAAGGCCAGGGUGGGGACCUAGACAGUUUACUGGAUGAUUUACAGCGAAGGAGAAGAAGAAGAAGAUACUUAGAACUAGAAGGGACACAGCUAGACAAAAGUCAAGAUGACGAUGAAUUAAAUGGCAUUCUCUACUCGGAGAAGCUGAUACCGAGACAGCGGCUACACAAACGCAUACCUCCUCCUCCUCCUCCUCCUCCUCCUCCUCCGCCGCCGUCUAAGCAGAGAUAUAAGCGUUUUCCGCAAUCUCAGGGCGAAAACUCGGCGAUAGCGAGACAGCGAGAGCUCGCGGACAAGCUAUCGAUCAGCGAUCCGAUCUUCGUCGACCAGUGGCACUUGUUUAACACCGAGCAGCCUGGCCAUGAUUUAAACGUGACGGGCCUGUGGCUUGAAGGGAUCACCGGAAAUGGAACGGUGACCGCGAUCGUGGACGACGGCUUGGACAUGUACAGCCACGAUCUCAAGGAUAACUACUUUGCAGAAGGCUCGUAUGAUUUUAACGAUAAAGGAAAAGAGCCAAGGCCUCGCCUCGUCGAUGACAAGCAUGGCACUCGCUGCGCUGGAGAAGUUGCUGCCGUCAAGAACGAUGUUUGCGGUGUUGGCGUAGCGUAUAACGGAAAAGUGGCGGGCAUCCGCAUCUUGUCGAAGCCCGUCACGGAUGAGGAUGAAGCAGCGGCUAUCAACUAUGGAUUUCAAAAGAACCAGAUUUAUUCCUGCUCCUGGGGACCGGUGGAUAACGGUGCGACCAUGGAUGCCCCUGGUCUUCUCAUUCGUCGCGCGAUGGUCCAUGGAAUCCAGCAGGGACGAGGCGGUAAGGGAUCAAUAUUCGUGUUCGCUGCAGGAAACGGUGCUGCCAGUGGUGAUAACUGCAACUUCGACGGGUACACCAACAGUAUCUACAGUAUAACUGUGGGGGCAAUCGACCGCGAAGACAAACACCCUUACUACUCGGAGUCCUGUUCCGCCCAGUUGGUCGUGACGUAUAGCAGCGGUGGCACCGAUGCCAUUUCCACGACGGAUGUCGGAUUGGACACGUGCUCCAAUAGACACGGUGGUACCUCGGCUGCCGGACCUCUUGUGGUCGGAGUUGUAGCUCUCGCUCUCGACGUGCGCCCGGACCUUACCUGGAGAGAUAUCCAGUAUCUAAUUGUCGAAACCGCAAUCCCCGUCAACCUCGAAGAACCUGGGUGGCAGACCACUGCAAUUGGGAAAAAGUUUAGUCACGAUUUCGGAUAUGGAAAGGUUGACGCAUAUUCCCUGGUCCAAUUAGCAAAGAAUUGGGAACUGGUCAAGCCGCAGGCUUGGUUGCACUCUCCCUGGCUAAAGGUCCACCAUGACAUUCCUCAAGGCUCCAAGGGACUGGCGAGCUCGUUUGAGAUUACAGAGGAGUUGUUGAAAAAGAACAACCUGGAGCGUGUUGAACAUGUGACAGUGACUAUGAAUGUCAAUCACACGCGUCGCGGCGACUUGAGCGUCGAGCUCAAGAGCCCAAGCGGUGUCAUCAGUUACCUCAGCACGACAAGGAGCGGAGAUUUUGAAAAGAAAGGAUAUGUCGACUGGACAUUCAUGUCCGUUGCUCAUUGGGGUGAAACGGGCAAAGGAAAAUGGACAGUCAUUGUCAAAGAUACCGAAGUCAACGAAUAUUCUGGACGAUUCCUCGACUGGCAGCUCUCACUGUGGGGCGAAGCCAUUGACGGCAAGAUCCAGGAGCUUCAUCCCUUGCCGGAUGUCCAUGACCACGAGCACGACACCAGCGAGCCUGCGUCACAGAUCGAGACGACCACUCUAUCUGCCACCGGGACAAGCAAACCCACAGCGACGGAGAAACCGACCAAUCACAUCGACCGGCCCAUCAACGCUAAACCUAGCAGCCCAACAACCGCGCUGUCGCCAACAGGCACAGCUUCGUCCAGCCCAGGAGCAGCGGCUGCCACACCGAGCAGCUCCGCGCAUGCCGACAAUUUCCUACCGUCGCCGUUCCCCACGUUUGGCGUCUCGAAACGGACGCAAAUCUGGAUCUACGGCUCCAUCGCUCUGAUUUUCAUCUUCUGCGUCACGCUGGGAGUCUACUUCCUUAUCCAGCGACAGAAGCGUCGCCGGAACAAUCCUCAUGACGACUACGAAUUUGAGAUGGUAGCUGAGGAUGAAGAAGGAUAUCCUCUGAACGGAGCAGGGGCCGGAGUGCCGAUGGGCAAGAAGCAGCCGCAGAGACGGCGUCGUGGAGGGGAAUUGUACGAUGCAUUCGCUGGGGAGAGCGACGAGGAGAUUUUCAGCGAUAGUGAGGAUGGCGAGAAGCCAUACUACGAUGACGAUGAUGGAGAAGAUGACGAUGGCGAUGGGGAUGACGCUUCAAGGGGACGAGAGCACGACGAUGAUGCUCCCAAGUGGAGUGAGAAGCCGAGGGGAGGUGGAGAAUAAGGUGCGCGUUCGCGAUUCGGCGUUAGGAUACCACUUUUACUGUCUUUUUGUUCCAUGUAGCUUUCUGUCUGCGAGAUUUUUUUUUUUGUUUUUUUUUAAUUUGGGCGUGCAAGAAAGCAGUGCAAGUUUGCUGGGUGUUUGAUUCAAUAACUACAUAGACCA